AUGUCCACUUCACAAAACACAACAGAUGUUGCCAAUGAACAUAUGGUUGCCUAUUGCUUUGACACAUUGAUCAAUCAUUAUGAUGCAACUAAACUGAAUACACCUACAUUUACCAAUGAUCCUUAUCCUUUGUUUGUUACAUGGAAGAUUGACGCUAGAGGCAAUGGAGACUAUGACCUUAGAGGUUGUAUUGGUACCUUCCAAGCACAGCCAUUGAUUCAAACAUUGAAUAACUAUGCAUUGACAAGUGCUUUGAAGGAUCACCGUUUCAAACCAAUACCUCAGAAGGAUUUACCUAAACUAAAGUGCUCAGUGUCAUUGUUGGUGGACUUUGAGGACGCCAAGGAUUGUUGGGAUUGGGAGGUCGGUGUACAUGGCAUAUGGAUUGAGUUUAGAGAUGCCAGCAAUACAAAGCUCAAUGCUACCUACCUACCAGAGGUGAUGCCAGAGCAAGAGUGGACAAAGGAAGAGGCACUCAAGUCACUAGUUAGAAAAGCUGGCUACAAUGGAAAAGUGGACGAACAGUUGCUACAGCGAAUCAAACUCACAAGAUAUCAAUCAUCCAAAAGUGCAAUGACCUAUGCUCAAUAUCUCGAGCACAAGAAGUCUCAACGACAGUAA